AUGGCUCCCAAGGUCGCUAUCGUCUACUACUCCAUGUACGGUCACAUUCAGACCCUGGCCGAGGCCGAGAAGAAGGGUAUCGAGUCUGCCGGUGGUCAGGCUGAUAUCUUCCAGAUUGCCGAGACCCUCAGCGAAGAGGUCCUUGGCAAGAUGUACGCUCCCGCCAAGGCCAGCUACCCCGUGGCUGAGCCUGCUGACCUUCUCGCCUACGAUGCCGUCCUGUUCGGUAUCCCCACCCGUUACGGUAACUUCCCUGCCCAGUGGAAGACCUUCUGGGACAAGUCCGGUGGCAUCUGGGCCUCCGGUGGCUAUUGGGGAAAGCAUGCCGGACUCUUCAUUUCGACAGGAACGCAGGGAGGUGGCCAAGAGUCUACUGCACUGGCCUCCAUGAGCACUUUGGCCCACCACGGCUUCAUCUAUGUACCCCUCGGAUACAAGACUGUCUUUGCUCAGCUCUCCAACCUUGACGAGGUGCACGGUGGAAGCGCCUGGGGAGCUGGAACCUUUGCCGGUGCCGACGGUUCCCGCAAGCCCAGUGCUCUGGAGCUCGAGAUUGCUACUGCCCAGGGUAAGGCUUUCUACGAGACCGUCUCCAAGGUCCAGUGA